CGACUUCCUGUGCGAAUAUUGAUUAUGUAUAAAAAGCAACAAAAAUUCAAAAUAUAACACAAUUUACAGACGAUUGUUUUGCAACGAAGCGAGGAUAAAACGCCGUGUAAUGAGUCAGUUAUGUAUUUAAUGAAAAGCAGUAUUUAAAAGCCUAUACGGCUGCUUAGUUUGGCGUUUGAAAUGGCAGGCAAUUAUCCUACUGCCCCACCGGCAUAUAACGAACUUGUCGAAGACCCGUCUGCUGGUAGUCGAAUUCAAAAUGCUAUCCCAGCAACUCAGGUUGAAAUAAGCGUCAAAUGCAAGUAAGUAUAGCAAUGUGAAUAGCUUCAAAACAAAAAUAUGGCUAGCUUAUAUUAAUUUUGUAAUGUAUGUUCUUUAUUACCUAAAUAAAGCUCGCUCGACAGGGGUGCAUUUUUGGUCGGCCGACUUCAGUUCAUCAUGUAUCGACUGUCGGAAUGUCUGAAAUAUUUGACCGUCUUUACAUGUAACGUUGAAAACUGAUAGCAUUUCAUCUGACGAAACUUUGUAGAGUUGUCGCUUUUAUAAUUAAUGGCUUCCGGAGUAGCUUUAGUCAAAUAUUUAUUUACAAACCGUAAAUUAGUUGAGGUCGAAUAUGCUUUGAAGAUUUUAUGACAUGUGUUCCUUGCUCAAUUGUAAUGAAAGAAUGCUAAUAUAUUUCGUGCCUGUUUAUAACUUUAUAACCUUGCCUAAUUGUUUUGACUUUCCAAGGCUGUUUACAGACGCAAUCUUCGGAUUUUUUGCUGCCUAUCUUGUGCUAAAAUUGUAUUAUUUUUAUAUAUGCCGUUGUCUUUGUACACAAUUUGAAAGGUUUAGUUACAAAAUUGUUUUGUUACAUAAUUUGCUACAGUGAAACAUAUUGUCCAGUUUGUAUUUUACUUUGAAUUAGUAUUCCAAUUUUUGUGCCAGGAAAUUGCUUAAAAGUCAUUUGAAACUCGAUGUCCAAGCGUGUGAGCUAGCUUGUAUUAUCAAUUCCUGCUGUGUCAAAAUUGUGCAAAAUAUCUAUUCGAAAACAUAUUAAAAAUAAACAUAAAAUUUCUUCGCGAAUUGAAAUUGAAAUUGGGAAGUACAAAUUUUGGGCAAAAUUUCAUUGAUACUUCUAAUUGGAGAAAAGCAACACGAAAGUAGCAAUUUACUUUAGAAUUUUUAUCAAGAACUGUCAUUUAUAUAUAGCCAUGCAGCUAGUCAUGAUAAUUUUAUGUUCCAUUAUUUUGUGUUCCUCUCUCACAGCGGAAAUUUGCAAUAGUUACGUCAAAAGCAAUCAAAGCCAUUAUUCCGCCAUUAAUUUUUAAACACGAUAUAAACGGGGGGGGGGGGGGGGGGGAAUUAUAGGAAUGUUGUUUUCAGUUUACAAAUGAAAAAACACAUGAUUGUAUGGCCUAGUAUGCUUUGGAUUUAGAAUAUGAGGCAACUUAUUACACAAAAAAUAACUUUUAAUAAUGGCAACAUGUCUGAAAAUCACAGCUUUUCCAACCAAAUGCUAAAUUGGUCAGACAUUUUGUUAGGGCAAAAAAUAGCAAUCAACCUUCUUGAGAGUUCCCAAACAAAUUCUAAACAUUAUUUCAGGCUCUGACACUCUGUUAACCCGGCCCAUUGGUGCAGAAGACUCUCCUUGACAAGUAAAAUUGUCUGGCAUUAGACAAAGUAAAUUAAUAAUAAACGGGGUUUGUAGCGGUCUUUGAAAUCCUUGAAAGUCUUUAAAUUUGAAUGCAGGUCUUUAAGGUCUUUGAAAAGUCUUUGAAGUGUGUGAAAAAGCAAAGAAAGUCUUUAAAAGUCUUUAAAUUCUUUAGUGAUUAUUUGAUUAUACGAUUUCCUAGCUAAUAAAAUAGAUUGAUUGAAGCAAGAUUUUUGCAAAUAUUGACGAAAAAGUGCAUUUUAGGAUGGAAUUUGAUGGGACUAAUUACCUGGUAAAAAUGGUGCUUAUAAAUACGUCGCAAUUUUUGGACACCUGAUUGCUAUCAAAGGUCUUUGAAAAGUCGUUGCAAUAGGCAGAAAAAAUCUUUGAAAGUCUUUGAAUUUUUUUGGUCUUGGAGACUACGAACCCUGAUAGAGUUGGGCACAUUUGAGCACAUUAAAACUCAAUGGGUUAAUAAUACAGCAGGAAGCACAUACUGAACAUAAUUUAUUUAUACUGAGUAGCUUAUCAGUUCUAAGGAGAGCAUUCCAUUUUCCUUAUCAAAUAUAGUCAUCCCUGACUAUGACUCGGUGCUCCUAAUGUGUUUUGAUUUCAAUUGCAGAAAUUUGGCAGACAUGGAUGUUUUUUCCAAGUCAGAUCCAAGUAAGAAUUAAUAAUAUUGUACAAGCAUACCUAGCUUAUAUAGUCCUCAAUAUUUUGCUGUUGGUAAUAUAGCCACCUUAUGACCUUGCAUUUUUCAGCCACCUUAAUAAUCUCCUGGCUUCAUUUGGACAGCUGUAUGUGCAGACAACUUUAACCAUUAUUAAUGUAUUACCCAUUAAAAUUGUCUGCCAUUAGGCAGUUAAGGAGUAAAGUCUAGCUGGUAUAUUUGAGUGCAUUGCAGCUUUUAAGUUAACCCAUUGAGCCGCAAUGUGCCCCAGUGCACCCUACUUAUUUUUUACUUGUCUAACGCCAGACGAUUUUUACUUGUCAAUGGGGAAGUUUUGCAGCUUAAUGGGUUAACCAAAAAAUCUGACAAUGUUGAUCUCCAGUUAACCCAUGCACUGAACCACAAUGCGCCCCAGUGCGCCCUACUUAUUUUGUUUAUGUGGAAGUCUGCAGUUUAGUGGGUUAAUGGGUUAACAAUUAGACAAAUUGGCAGACAGUUUGGUUAAAACCCAUUAAUGUGCAAGCUUCUCCAUGACAAGUAAAAUUCCUUACAAAAAAUCCAACUGGAAUUCCAGUAGGAAUUUCUAUCGGAAAUUAGCCUAAAUUCCAAUUGGAUUAAAAUUCUCCUGAUGGAAAUCAUUGAACUUUGGACAAGCGAAUCAUUGCAAUUGGAAAUUGGCCCUGCAUCUCAGGUGUUAGACAGCGAAAAAAAUUUUAUGUGCGAUAAUUUAUCACAUGCACAAUUGAUUGUAUGCAUGAUUGAUUUCAUGCAUGAUUUUGUUUAUAACUCUUUACAAUAAGUUUAAAAAUUAUGUAUUCAAGGCUACUAUGGCAAAAAAGUGCAAGUUUUUAGAGGUCGCGUAUUGGACUUAAUGUACCGGUAAAUGAAAUUGUCUGGUACUUUGAUAGUUCAUGAACCACCUUCUGAAUUUGCACACUGUGAAGUCAAACUGCAUGUCAAACCUACCAUUUUUGUGUGCAAGUUAUUUUUAAAGUGCUUUUAAAAAACAGCCCUGCUGUAUUCAAAAAUUUACUUUUCAGAUUAACUUUGUGAUAGAGAUAGCAGAAGACCUCAAACUACUCACACUAACAUAAAGUUGUCAAAGACUUUGCAGAAUUUUCGGUUUAGUGGACAUUUUAGAACUGUGACUGUGUAGUUUUUUUAUAUAUACUGUAGAAAAGUCUCUACAAGUAUGCUUAUACAUGUAAUUGGUACUAAUUGCUUGAAAUCAUUGAAUUUGUUGAACUUGAUUAGUUAUUUGAAGGGCAUAUGACUUGAAAAUUGAUAGUGUUAUUUUUUAGUCUAAUUUGAAAGAUCAAUAUUGAGUAACUUUUUUGAUAUAUUUUUGUUUUCUUGCUUUGUUUUGAAGAUACAGUAUUUCACUUUGUAUCAUAUGCAAAGGACCAAUUCUCUGUGUAUAUACUAUAGUAGUAAUUACACCUUUAUUUAAACAGAGUAUUCCUGUCAGCGACAGAAAGUCACUGCUAUCAAUAGGAGGAGCUCUGAUACACAAGUAAAAAUAAUACAUAUGUUUAAGAAUUUAUAAAUCUAAGAGUAAUGCUAUAAUUUAAAUUCAAGUUCAAUACAAGCUAAAAGUUUAAAGCUAAAAAUUAUAUACUAAAUUAGAAAGUCAUUGGCACUGUUUAAGCACAGAAUACUACAAUGUAGAUGGACUUUUGUGUAGUAUACUGUGGUUUAAGUAAAUUAUAUAUUUUACAGCCAUUAUAGUAGAAACUUCGUUUUGCAGAUUCUGUGUUCUAACUCUAGGCAGGUGAAGAUGUUCACUUUGUCUGGUUGCACGUUGAGAUAUAUUCUUAUUAAAAUUAAAGUAAUUGCUACUGUUAUUAGAGUUCCCCACUUCAGAGAGCAGGGUGUUAGCUAGCCCAUAUACUGUCCGUUUGAUGGACUCUUCCCAAUUGAAGUAGCUAAGGGGCUUUCCCAACUGGGUCUACUGGAAGAUUUUCACGUUUUUCUGAUGAGAAAGUGCGUUGCGUUUGAUUUUAUAUUAUUAUAUCAAAGAACGUUUUAUUUACUUUUUCCCAUUAACUAUUUUCUCAAAAUAUAUCAUAUUGGGUGCGUAUUCACUGAAAUGAAAUGUACAAAACAAAGUGUAAUCGGUGUGUAUCCAUGUUCAUUCACCGGAAAUGAAUUAUACAAAACGAAGUGCCAUCGAGUGCAUUUUUCAGUGUUCAUUCACUGGAAAUGAAAUGUACAAAACCAAGCUACCGUUGUUUGCAUCAAAGGAGAAACACGUUGGAAAAAAACACUAUUUAUUCCUUUGAUCGGUCGGAAAAACUUUCCCAAUUUACGUUUAACGGACAAAACUUUUUUUUCUGGCUAACACCCUGGAGAGUCCAUCGCACUGUCACUGUCUUUCGAUUUACACGUCGCCCGUCUUUGAAGCUUUUCAAGAGAGUUGGUGUUGACAGUCGCCACAACAGGUUAUACACGGAAUCGCAGUAAUCCAAAACUGGGCGUCUGGGCGGAUGAAUGACACAUAUAUUGUAUUCGUACAAUGCACAAUUACAUUCUUCCUAAUAUGUCCCAGCAUCCCGAUCCUUUUUCCUGCUUUCCCAAGAACAUAUUUCACAUGAGCAUUCCAACUAAUAUAUGCUCAUCAAAUAUAAUACCUAGGUAUCUAAAUUCAAAAACGCGCUGAAUGGUGUGCCCGCGUGAAUCUGAAUUUGGAAACGAUCUACGUUUUUCAAUCUAGCAGCAGUUCCAAAUAACAUUGACUCAGUUUUUGUGACACACAUGCAUAAUGUAAUGAGUUACUCUAAAAUAUUAUGUAAAUUUGUCACUAUCAAAUAAAUUCGCUCAAUACGAAUGAUGAGCAUGUGAUUUGUCCACAGCAAAACCCAUGUAGGUUUUCUACUGAUUGUGUUUAGUCGUAUUACACCCGUUUUCAAAAUUACGCGACCAAGGACGAAAAUGCUCGAGUUGACAUGUCAGUUUUAUGUCAUUCGGUCACGAAGUUUAAACUUUGAGUUUUGCGGUUCCUUGUCGAUGUUUAUGCUUUGUAUGUUUUAUAAAAACAGGCUUAGAAUGAUUUUCAAGAUAUUUUAGUGAAAAUUAUUGCAAAAUUUAAGCACAAAUAAAAUCAUAACAUCACCGUUAUAGUCUAGCGCGCGUGUUUUUACUUACAGCUAAAUUCCAGGAUAAAUUGUUAUCUUUUAAACUUUAAAAGUUAUUCACGGCAAAUAUUUCUGUUGUGAUGGUUUGUAUUGUGCUUUAGUUUGUAUAUCUAAGUUAUCUAACUCAUUUUUGUUCAGUUUUGGUAUUAAAUACGGUUUAAAAUGUCUUUUGACAGUUUGUUUACGUUUGCUAUUUUUAGCAGUUUUUGUGACAUAAAACUGACUUUGAAGUAAGAGUAUUUUUCAGGGAGGUCGCGUAAUUUUGAAAACGGGUGUAAAGAUAUACAACUUUUAGGGCUGAAUCAUUAUGCAUAUGUGACGUAGGAAGUUGGUCCUUUGAUUAUCAUACAAAAUGAAGUAUCUUCAGAACGAAGCAAGAAAACAAACAUAUAUCAAAGAAGUUACUCUACAGUUCUCAAUGAUCUUCCACAUUAGACAAAAAAAUAACACCGUCAAUUUUCCAGUCAUAUGAUUUAAUCGAUUCAGCCCUUUAAUCAGCAACUAGUGAUUUGUUAUUACUUAAUUAUCUGCACUAUAAUUGAGUUACAGAUUAUAGAAUUGUUGUAGUCUUUUAUCAAAUUCCAUAUUUCACAAAUGCAUCUCUGAAAUCUUAAAUUAAUUACAUCUCAUUAACUUUUCAUGUUGUGGUUAACCAUCAAGCUAAUGAAAUUAGACGUUUUUCAUUAAAAUUAAUUGCAUUGAUUUAUACAAGGCAACAUUCACAUAAAUAUUGCACGAGAGCUCUGCAGAAGGAAUUAAAACUGCAUUUUCACAGACAUUUAGCAGGGGGCAUAAAUCCACGGGGGUGUUUUUUUGGGGGGGAGGGGGUUGACACCCCUAAUGUUUGUGAAGAGCUGUGGACUUCAUAGGGCUAGCUAAUUUAUCAUAUAUUCAAUAAUUUGUUGGGCAAAAGUACAUUCAAAUCGUGUUGAGUAAAUACAAGAAAACCUACUGUAGUAGUCCAGUUUGAGCAUUUGAGCAAAAACUUUUCUAUUCUAAUAUAUGUUUUUUCACCAUCAGAAUUCUGUAAAAUCGACUCCCAAAGUGCAUCGUUUCAGUGUUUCGUUUUCUGUGGGAGCAUCGAUCCUCCCAUACCCCCAAGGAUCUUGUGCCAGUGGCGUAUUAAGGGAAGCCUCACAUAUCGAUUUUUUCCACGAGAAACGUCGUAUGUUCGUUUGGGGGUGGGGGGUUGGCAGCUGUGACGAUUCUUUGUAAACAUCAUGGAAAAAUUCGAUAGUUUUUAUCUUUGCAGAAUAUAAAAAAGAAAACAAUUUGAUACAAAAACCAGUCUAUACAUUCGUAAUAUCAUGCCUUUUCUAUACCUAUACAUUUAUAUUAUUACGCCUUCCUUGCAUUGAAAACACUCAAAUUUCAAGAAAAACGCACUAAAAUUAUCAAUAUUUCAUGCAAAAAAAGUUGUUUUGAGAAACGUUGGAAAUUUUUAAGUUCAUAUAUAUUAACAAAUAAAGAGUAUGUCAGCAGAAGAUGACAUAUUCCUCGCGGAAGCAUCGCCAAUAGCCGACCGAAAAAAAUAGUAGAAAAUUAUUACAAAAUAUCGAUAACAAUGUGUGACGUUUCUAAGGGUAGGUGGGGGGGGGGGCUCCAGAGAAACGAACUUAUGACGUUUCUCAUGGACAAAAUCGAUAUGUGAGGCUUCCCUAACGGAGGAAGAAGGGACCGUUACUCGUUAAGGCAUAUUUGGUGUGGGUGCCCCUGUUGACCGUUGUCAGUGUUUGACUGAGUCUGACAUAUUAUAUUUAUAUCGAAUAUUUACAGAAUGUUCUGGAAAAUUCUGUGUCUAUAACAAUAACAGUCUCCAACGCAUGUAAGAACUAAUAAGAAUAACUUUUGUUUUAUUUGAGAUGGCAUAAAAAAUCAGCUACCGUUGUUGAUGGAGGCUUUAUUAUUUAGCAUUAUUAAUUUUGCAUUUUCCCAUUGAUUCUUAACCUGCAUUUUUUACGUUUUUUAAUUUUCUGGGCGAUAGGCCGUGGCUGAUGAGGGCCCUUAGUUUUUGAACUAACCCUACCCAAUGAGUGUUAUGCCACUGCCGGGGAGUUUGGCACAAGGUGACGUACACGGGUAAAAAUUGAUCAUGUUGUUCGGCGUUGUUCAAAACAGGAGUGAACAAUGUUGUGCUGCACCCGGUGAACAAUAAUAUUGUUAACAAGUUGUUCAACCAUCAGUACUGUUGCAACUUGUUAACAUGAUACGUCAACAAGUUGCAACAAUAUUGAUGGUUCAACAACUUGUUAACAAUAUUGUUCACGGGGUGCAGCACAACAUUGUUCGCUCCUGUUUUGAACAACUUGCAUCAACAUGAUGAUUUUUACGCGUGUACUAAUAUACGCGUUCAUUUAAGACACAUCUAAGUCAGAUGUUUAAUUCUAUUUUCCAGUUGUGGUCCUUUUUAUAAAAGCAAGUAAUGGCAACGAAUGGAGAGAGGUAGUGAAUUAAUAAACAUUUAAGACUAGGUAUAUACAGUACGUUCCUACAACCCCGGCGUGGUUUGAAAGCGGUGCAGAAAAGUCACAGUAGACCUUACUGUAUGCAUGACGUCACAAGGCUUGAUGCCCGCGAGGAAUGCUGGUCUUAGUAGUCAUCGCCCGGGAAAAUUAAACAAUUCAAAAUAGCCACUAUCGAAAUUUUCCCGGGCAAUGACUACUAACACCAGCAUUCCUCACGGGCAUCAAGCCUUGUGACGUCAUUAUGCAUAAGGUCUAUUAGCCGUCGCCUUCACACUACAGUACGCCGAAGCGAAAUUGUUUGAAAACGUCUCUUUUGCGGAAACAAUUUGAGCACGGUUUCUAAACGGAGCGAGAUGAAAACGGAGCCCUUGGCGGCUUCGUGUCAACACAAACGCCGUUACUUUUUUGUACCGCUUGCAACCCAAGCAUCUCGGGUAUCAAAACAAUGCAUUCGAAUGCUUCUGGUUUAAAUUUCUUUGCUCUAUUUGAAAUAUGCUUUGUAGCAGGCCCCGCUGCAAAUCAGGCCCCCCAUAAAUAUGAGGGCCUGCCACGCAGGCUAGCAAACAAACUGUGACAGUUAAGUGUGUGAACACAGUCACGUAAAUUCUGCCUGAACCUGGAACGUAGUAAGCCUCGUACAGAUGGGCUUGUUUUCCUUGACAAGUUUCCUUUCUCGUGUGUACGGUCAACAAGUUUUCCCUGUUGAAAUUGCCCGUCUGUGCGGGUCUUUAGGGGAAGCACAGAAUAAAGAUCAGUAACAGAAGGGCCACUCAGCGGUGCAACGUGUCCUCGUUUUUUAUGCAAAAAUAUGCAGUUUACUGGCCAGAAGGCGGAGCAGCCAGCCAGUAUAGCGUGUUUAUUAGCCAGAAAAUGUCAUUGACUGGCUAGGAAAAUGGCGGCCAACAUGCGUAAUGCGACAUGCGCGAGGACAGAAACUUCAAAGCUUCCGACGUAAGUGGCCCUUCUAUGUGGAUCUUUAUUCUAUGAGGGGAAGCACGGCCUUCGCACGUGGUUAUUAGCGUGCUUCCCCUUGAGUUGAGGCCACUACUACUGAGUUGAGGCUACAAACUUUACUGUAGGUCGACGGUUAGGGUGUUAUCAACCUAGACCUAAGGGCUUGUGGAUUUGGGUUUAUUAAAAUAUACAUAUCGGCAUUACCUAGGUUCCAAUCUUCUCAUGUGAGAAAGCGCUGAAAUAUGAAUAGAAGGCCCUAGGUCUAGGCUGGGGUGUUGCUACUUAGAUGCAUGGGUGAGACUAUAUCAUAUAUCAUACCAUACCAUAGUACCAUACCAUAUAUGCAUCUGGCUUUAUGUGCAUGAAAACGUGGCUCCCCCUUACCGCUUUAUAGUUGAAUGAUAGGAUGUUAGUAAUACUUAGAUGUGUGGCUAUACCCUUCACUGGCUUUUUGUGCUUGAAAAGCAUGUGCAGUGUAAAGUAGAGUCUUGGUUGGUAUUUUUUUCUUGUGCUUCAGUCAAGGUUUUCCUCUGGGCACUUCGGUUUUCCUCCCAAGCUUUUGGUUGCGUUAAAGCUGCAUCCUUUCGCGAUUCAGCUCUUAACUACGAGGAAUGUUGAUUUAUACUGUAGCCCCUUGUACCAUUUCGUAAUUUGAUGUAGCAUCGCAAGUCAGACUCUUCAUCUCACAGAGCCUGGCUUGCGAGGCUGUGAUAGUUCCUUUUCAUACUUCCUACAGCAUGGUCGAACAGAGAAGAUAAUGAACACAUUAAAUCCAAUUUUUGUCAAGAAGUUUGUCAUGAACUAUUUCUUUGAAGAAAUACAGCAUCUCAGAUUUCAAGUGUACGUAUACUUUGCUGCUGUACGUUACGUUUCCCCAAAUUGAUUUAAUGCUUAGAGUCUAGUUACGAGUUCCUUCAAGGCUUCAAGAUGCUUUGCAGUAGACUACAACAAACUAUUAUUGUAGUACAUUAAUAUUAUGUUCAAAAUUGUAAAUCAUUUUCUGCCCUAUUUAUCAGAUAUGACGUAGAUUCAAGUUCAGCAAGUUUGUCAGAUCACGUAAGUUUAGCAUUCAAUUGUAGACCAUUUGCCAAGAAUGAAUACUUGAUUAUAAUUAGUUUGAACACAGGCUUCGGAUAUUUAUUGAAAACUAAGAGGCUUCGAUGGUACACUUAAUUGUCAGAAAAUGCGCCAUUCACCUCUAAUAUCGUGGGAUCGAUUCAUGCUUUGUGAAAAAUGUUAUUCAACACUGUACUGAAAGUCAUGGGUUCUCUCCUGGUUGCCCAGUUUCCUCCCACAGGAAAUGGUUACAGGGUGGGUUAGGUUAGGUUAGGCGCCAAACUGAGCUGUCCAUCGUAGCUAUGAUCCGAUAUGAGGCGUAUGGUGGCAGCCAGAGCACCCUAAGCCUUCGGUUCGAUAAGGUUGAGCUGAUCAUUAGGAUGUAUAUUCGGUUCGAUCAGGCUGAGCAAAUCAUUAGGAUGUAUAGUAAAUGGAAAGCAGGUAUACAUGUAUAUAGAAAUGUUGGUGGUGUUAUAUAGAGAGAAUAUGAUCACACCAUUUUUUUAUAUUUUUUCAAGGAUUUUAUCGGUAGAUUAGACACAACAUUGGGAUCAAUUAUCGGUGAACAUAGCGGCCAUUUUGAUACAAAGCUUGAGUAAGUAUUAUAAACUGUUCUUCGUCUCUACAUGUAUGAAAUAGUCUAGUAGGUUUCUGGUCGCUCUCAUGACAGUACCAUGAAUGAAAAGCAUUUUUUCAAAUACAUUAUCUCUAGAAAUAAAGAAAUGCCAAAAUGUGGAUCGAUAAUUCGUAAGUAGAUAUUAUAUACCUUCAUUAGGGAUGACCCUUACUGGACAUCUGCAAACUUUCGUUCUCGUUGACCAGGGUUUAAACAUAGAUGUUUAAGUGCUGCCCAUGAGUAUAAAGCUUAUUAUACAAAUACUCGAUAUGCUUUUUAUCUCUGUACAUAUUCUUUCAUGAAGUUAAGAUAUUCUUUCAUGUUUGCAGUUACGGUUGAAGAAGUGAGCGAUUGCAGGGUAAUAAUUAUCAUGCAUUUACUGAGUGUAACUAUUCUACUUUAAUCACUGACUUUGAUAUUCCUUAUUAAGAAAAGAUUACUCUUUUUGCUAUAGGAUGUCGUUACGCUACACUUCAAAGCGAACAAACUGGAUAAAAAAGAUUUCUUUGGAAAAUCAGAUCCAUUCUUGGUGUUUUAUCGAUGUAAUGAAGAUUCGAGGUAAUCAUUUUGCGUGUAUUUGUAAAAAAAAACCGGCUCGGGGUAUUGUUUCACUUCUGAUAUACUGAGGUCUUGGUUCUUUCAGUUGUCGAAUAAUUUCACAUUAGUCUCAUGCGCAUGAGAAGAUUGCUUCCAGUUGGACUCUACCAGACACUGCAGAUCUUUUUCCGAUAUCCUCACGUCGGUCUUAGUUCAUCUCUAGAGAGAACUGUUUAAGAAUGAGAGUUGAUGAGAGUUGAGAAGCGAGAGUUUGCAUGAGAGUUUUCUCAACUCGUCAAGAAAGGAUGGCUUUUACUAAUAGAACUAUCCACUUAUCCAGUAUAAAUACAAAUAUUUUAUAGUCAAGGUUUCCACUAGUACUGGUCCAGUAGGGACUAGAGCUUGCUCACUGAUUUCUAUGGAGACGAAUUUUUAACCCAUAGAGCUAGCCGCCAGUAUAGUAUGGCCCUUACUGACAUGAGUAGCAAGAUUCACUAUAAGAUGACCUUUCUAUUGCGCAAGUUAAAAUUAUUUACUUGUUUAUUUCUUUCAGUUUUACAGCUGUACAUAGAACUGAAGUUAUAAAGAAUACCUUAAAUCCAACGUGGAAGUCAUUUUCUGUGUUAUCAAGAGCGUUAUGUAAUGGCGAUUAUGAUAGGUAUAUUUUUCACUUACAUGCACCAAUUAAUUUCCAAAGCCAAACACAUCUUUCUCUUGCAUAUCAUCCUCAGAUAUGAAAAAUAUUUUUAAAAUAUAAUUACAUUUUGAAAUAUUUUUGAAGAGAGCAACGAAACGUUCAUUGCCUCGUGGGGGUUAGACCAUUCCCUUAAGAUGACGUUCGAGUCAUUCUAGCGACGACGAAUAUUUCAUUGUUCUGAACGAUAUGUUUAUUUUGCAGGUCAAUUCUUGUCGAAUGUUAUGAUUGGGAUCGGGAUGGAGGGUAAGAUACGUAUUACCAGCUCAUUAGUAAGUUUUUCAGUGUGCAUAUACGGUCUU